AAUUUCCUCAUUCUCCUAUCUUUACCAUAACCCCCCGCCCCCCAACCCCACCCUAAAAUAUCCUCUUGCUUAAUCUAACAACCAUGUUUGAUUCAAGAAACCAAAAACCCAAUGAUCAUAUACCAAUUCUUGAUCCAGUUACAACCUCAGAUUACACUUAUAACACUUACCAACUUCCUAAUUUAGCCACCAAACAUAGGCCUAAACAUGAUGUUGAAAGUGUCCAAUUUAGAGUUCAAGAAAAUUCACAACAUGUUGAUUAUGGUGAUGAAUCUGGUGUUUCUUCACCACCUUUAUGGAAAAAUAGUCCACCAAGAAGCCAUGCUCAUCCCCUCCAAAAUUCGACGAAUUAUCGGUCAAUUUCAUCUACCUCUAGAGCUCUGGCAAUAGCUAAAGGUCAAUGGGAACUCAUGGAAAUGGUCAAGAACAUGCCUGAAUCUUGCUAUGAGUUGUCCCUUAAGGAUCUUGUUGAAAAAAAUGAAGUCUUGGAAUCUGAUCAAGAAAAAUGUUUGAUCAAUAAAGAGGAGGAAAAUAUUACUAGUACUACUAAUGAUCAAGAACCACAAGUUGUGCAGCAAAGAGUGAAAAGCAUAAAAAGACAAGAGAGUACUAGUAAUAGUAGUAGUAAAAAUAAGAGGGGGAAAAUGAUUAGAAGUGAGAGUUUUGAAGAUAGGAGGCUAUUUUUAAAGAUGUUUUGCCCAAUUUCUUUGGAAUCAAAGAAGAAACAGAUGAAGAAUUCACCAAAAACAACUAGAAAAGUUUCACCUAAGCCAGUAGAAAGUACAAAUAAAUCUUCAAAAAGUGUGGAGAAAGAGUGGUGGAAGAGGAAAUUUUCUUGUUCAAGUGAGAGUGAUAGUAGCAAAACAGGUAGCAGUAAUAGUGAAAGCACUGGCAGAAGUGGUAGCAGUGGUAGCAAUGAUAGCAAGAAUACUGAUAGCAGAAGAAAUACUAACAGGAAAAAGAAAGGAUUUUUAUCCAAAGUCUGGUCAAGAUCAUGCUUUAGUAAAAGCAAAUCAGCAGAGUGAAGACAACUAAAUAUGCCUCUCAGCCUCUCUUGUUUGGUUAUGAGACCUGUAAAUCAUUUAUACUUACAAGACUUACAGAUGUGAAAAAUCCUGUAAAGAUCCUUGAUAAAUAAUCUUGUUUUUUUUUUUUUUUUUUUUUUUUUUUUGUAUUAGUAGAUUCACUGCAGAAGAGUUUUGCAAUGUAUCAUUGUAUAAUUCUUGGUUCUGGCUGCAACAAGAAUAGGACAUUCCAAAA